AUGGUACGGACGCGACUGGAAACGUCUCCGUUUCGCGAUCACGGUGCUCACUUUUGCCUUUUAGAUGUCCUUGUACCCGAAAAUGCGGGAGCCGGUGUCACCAAAUGGCACUAUCAACGUCGGACCCUUAUGCAAUAUGCAUGCUUGUUCGCAGCAGGACUGACGUCGUUCUACAAAUUCCAAUCCCCUGCUCUCCGCGCAGCUGGGCUGGGUCUUCUCUUCCCCGGGGCUGGUCUCGUCGCCGUCUGUACUAUGCCUUCAAUCCUGUCGUUCGUGGUCUCCUGUGCGUUGAUCCCGUUGGUUCUCUUUGCCUGGUUUGGAAUGGGCGGCUUGAUCUUUCCGAUUGUGCUUUGGGUCGGUACCGCCGCCCUCUCAGCGGCGCUGGCCAAAGAUUCCGUGCUGGAACUCGCCGGUCCCUUGGUGUCCGCUGUGUGCAUAGGCGGCAUAAUCUACAUCGCGUACUCGUGCCGGCGAGCAAACGCCGAGGCACGGAAAAAGCGAGCGACUCGCAACAACUAUCUGGUCGAGGAAGUCCAAAAGAAUCAAACUCAAGCAGUCGCGGCACCCGAGCCAGGAACGCGCGAGGUCGACGAGCAGACCCUUCGCUUCGUUCAAUGGUACUUGGAGCUCGGCCUGACGCCCAAAGACGACUUCUCCUACCACGACGUCAUCGACCAGUUUCAAACGUCAGCCAUUCGAUAUCAGCUAUACGAGGCCGUCAAUUGCCUUGGUCUCUAUCAGAACGUGUACUGUCCCAAUUUCCACGGCUAUCUGUCCCGAGCGCAACGCAAUGCCAUUGAAAAGAGCUUCACCAAGAAGGUGAUGGAAUUCUGGAAGUGGGAGUCCAUGGCCGGCAAAUUCAACGCACAUGAUUGGGACCCGUGCAAGAAAGACAAUAUCAUGGUAACGGGAUACAUCCUUCAAGCCGUCGGCAUCUACCAAUCCAACACGGGAGACGACCGAUACACCAAACCCGGUAGCAUGACUUUCGAGAUCACAGAUUCACUCAAAUUUCCUUAUGAUGUCAAGGGUGUUGCCGAUGCAGUCUACAGAAACAUGAACGAGGCGGCAUACUGCCUCUACCCUUGCGAGCCAAACUGGCUAUAUACGCCCUGCAACCUUGUGGGUAUUGGGGGUAUUCUCCUCACCGACCGCAUAUUGGGGAACAAGUACGGCGAGGAAUUACGAGGGCGAUUUGAGCACGCUCUCGAGACUGAAUUCAGUGAACCCGAUGGGACCAUUUUGCCGAUUCGCAGUGAGCUCACGGGCUUCACGAUCCCUGGCCUCGCAGGUGCCAUGUCUGACAUGGUGAACUCGCUUCUCUGCGCCUCGUACCUCCCUCACAUCGCACACCGAAACUGGGCGUUCGCCAAGAGAGAAACACUCCAGUACAACGAAAAGGGCCGCCUCGAGGUCCGGAACCUCCUAGGCGCCGACAUGCUCGACGCGGGCAACUACAAGUCCGGCGAGGGGGCGAUCCGCUGUAUCUGUGCGACCGCGGCCGCUGAGUACGGCGACGAGACGCUCCGCCAGGAACUCCUCCGCCAGAUCGACGAGGAGUACCACCCGGUUUUCCAGACCAAGACCGGGGCGCUGAAGAACAAAGGUGUCAGCACGCUGUGGCAGGGGACCACGCUGCGCGCGAGGCUGGGCAGGUUCCAGGACUGGACCAAGAUGAUCCAGCGCGGCCCGCCCGCGCAGGUCUUCAAGGCUCCGAUCCUGGACGACGUGCCGUUCCCGGAUGUCCUAGUUGCGAAAUGCUAUAGUCGCGACGGCGAGAGUGUAGAUCUCGUGCUGUACAAUGGACGGGAACCGGGGGUGUUCGGCCUGGGCUUCAAGCAGUGCGAACCCAGGCAGAAGUACAGCUUGAUGGGCAAAGACGAAGUUGCUGGCGAGGACGGCACGGUGAGGUUCAACGUUGGGAUCGACGGGAGGACGGAGGGGAGAUUGGAGCGCGCGAAGACGAACUGA